UGAUCGGAUCUCGUCACAGACAACAAACGGCGCACGUUUGCAUGUGCCCCUCAUCUCUGGCGAGUAGGGCGCCUCUAGCUGCUAUAGGCCGCGUACGGGCGCCGGGGAUGGGACUACAAAUCCGUUAGUGGCCACACAACCUCCUCCGCUUCCAUCAUGGCUCCCUCGUUGGACAGGCAGGGAUACUGGGGGCGGCCCACCUCAACGCUCGACUGGUGUGAAGAGAAUUAUGUCGUCUCCUACUACAUCGCGGAAUUCUGGAACACGGUCAGCAACCUGAUUAUGAUUCUUCCCCCCAUUUGUGGGGCCAUCCAGACAUUUCGUGACGGCCUGGAGUUCUGCUACAUCCUCUCUUUCCUCGGGCUUGCAGCUGUCGGUGUUGGUUCCUGGUGCUUCCACAUGACACUGCUCUAUGAGAUGCAGCUGCUGGACGAGUUGCCAAUGAUUUACAGCACGUGUGUCUUUGUCUACUGUCUAUAUGAGUGCUUCAAACAAAGGAAGAGCAUAAGCUGGUUUCCCGUCGCGUUAUUAUUACUCUUCAGCAUUACAGUCACUGUGGUCUACUUACAGUGGAAGGAACCGGUGUUUCACCAGGUCAUGUAUGGUGCUUUAGUUGCUUGUCUCGUGAUACGAUCUGUCUUCAUUGUUACAUGGGUUUACCCAUGGUUACGGCCUUUGUGUUACACCUCCUUAGGUGUAUUUCUCUUAGGCUUUCUCCUGUGGAACAUUGACAAUAUAUUCUGUGACUCAUUAAGAGCCAGUAGAAAAACACUCCCCCCUGGUGUUGGAGUGGCAACACAGUUCCAUGCCUGGUGGCACAUCUUCACAGGCUUGGGCUCGUACCUGCACAUACUUCUCAGUUUGCAAAUCAGAACAACCUACCUCAAGUACAGACCAAAAGUAAAGUUUUUGUGUGGAGUUUGGCCCACUCUGCAUGUUGAACCACAAAGGACAAGCUGAAAUGGACCAGUACUGAAUAGAUGGUGACCGUGAACUGAAAGACCAGGAAGUGCUCCCUUCCACUGCUGGGAGUUUGCACCCCUGGGGAACUACACCCAGGCAAGCCCUCUGCUCUACACUGGAGAGAAUUAAGUACAGUUUAGCACUGAGUUUUACUGGAAAUUAAUUGUUUUUUGUUUUAAAAAUCUAAUUUAUGAGAUUAGCUUUCCUGAAAUAUUUAUGAUGUUCAUGUUUUUUUUUUAAAUUCAUGAUAUAGUAAAUGCAAACGUAAAACACUCAAAUGACUCAUAAAAUAAAGAUAAUGAUGAUUAUUUAUUGUUUUACACGGGAGAGUGUCAAUUAACUGUUGUCAUGUCAUCUUUAAUGUGGACCAAUGUGAUAUUGUAGGUCUGGAUUACAGAAUCAUCUCAUUGAACCCUUUCAUGCACCCUGUAACCUGAUAACAUGAUAAAAUGUCCACUGUAGUGACCGCUGUCCCUGAAAGGGGUAAUAUAGUUGGUGACAGAUUUUGACUUUCUUGAAACAUAAAAGACUGGUGCUUUCAAAAAAAAUCAUAAGAAUUCCAUUUUAAUUGCCAUCGUUUUUCAGUCAAAAGGGAAUUAAGAGUUCAUCUUGGUCCAGCUUGACCGUAUCACGAAUACAUCAGUACCGCAAUAGUUUCGAGACUAGAGUACUAGCAAACAUGUUUAAGAAGAUAGAAUCAAAGAUCUAUUUAAGGACCAAUGGAAUAAAUGGAACAUUUCAAAAUUAUUAGUUUUACUGUAGUUGCAGGGGUUUCCAAGCAUUUUCAGCUCAAGACAUCAAUGAUUUCCCAGAACCUAAACUUUAACAUACCAUACAUCCUGAAUCAUCCCAUUGACAUAUAUUGAAUCAAAAGGCUUUUUUUUUACCCAGCAAAUGUAUCCUGCUACCUAAGUUUGGGAAAGUCUGCCAUUGUGAAUUAGGAAAACUACCUACAGUCAAGUAUUAACCAUAUUUUCCAUUUCGACUACAUGAAGGGGACGAUUCAUUUUAUUGUCUGUGUUGCUACUGUGAAAGUGACCAUAAAAAGGAAAUUCUAACCUGGGCCUUGAAGUAAAUUGGUAAUACUACAAUACACAACAUUCAUUAAGGUGUGUUAAGUUUCUAGAGGCGACACUACUGUGAAGCAGCGUGCCACUGACUCGUGUUCACCGACUCGUAUGAUGAACACACUUGCAAAGAUGAGCACAAUGUAAGACAUAAAUAUUCAGUUUGUGCCUAUAUUCCUCACUGGGAGGCAUCAACGUGUCAUCGCUGUUCACUUCUAGCAAAGGAAAAUUAUAGCAAGUUGUAUAUGGUUGUUAAAUUGGGUGCCUUAUUACGUGGGUGUGCAGGUUAACCCACACUGCCUUGUUUGUUCAUUCGAAUAUUUUGUGUUCAUAUUUCCUUGGUCAUUAAAAGAACAUUUUGAGUUAGUACGUCACCGAGUGUGAUGUGUUCUACUGCUGAUUACGUUACACUGAUGUUGAUAGGAUGUGACCAGAAAAACAAUCUUUGCUUACUCACGUUUUGUGCCAGUAUUUAAUGUUGACAAAUAAAAAAGAGCAUUUAUGUCA